UUCUGCGUCGGCUUUUACUUCCGCUUAAGUUUGAGUCGAUUCUCGUGUGGCGGUUUUGGUGUUAUUCUAUUGAAAACAUCUUCAUUUCGUACAAUUCACGAUGGCAUCGCGUCGGCGUCGAGCAGAAUCGUACAGCGAUGAUGAAGACACGAGCCAUUCCUCCAGGAAAAGGAGAAGGGCCUCAGAUAAUAUAGACAUUGAAGACCGACUGGAAUCACUCAUCACGAGAGUUGGAGAAAAGAGUACGUCAUCGCUUGAAAGCAACUUGGAAGGAUUAUCCAGCGUGUUGGAGGCAGAUUUACCGAAUUACAAAGGCAAAAUCAUACGUAUUCUUUGUGAAUGUGUAACAAGACUGCCUGAGAAAAUGGCGGUGUACUCUACGUUAGUAGGACUCCUUAAUGCGAAGAACUACAACUGUGGAGGGGAGUUUGUUGAACUGUUAGUGAGAAACCUCAAGGAGACAAUGAAGUCUGGGGAGUAUGAGAAUGCUAGACUUAUUGUGCGGUUCCUGUCUGACUUGGUCAACUGUCAUGUUGUGGUGGCUGCGUCUCUACUGGCAAUGUUCGACAACUUUAUAGAGGUCACUCUGGAGGAUAAUAUCCCACAGGUGAGAUCUGACUGGUUCUGUUAUGCUGUGAUGGGUGCGCUACCCUGGGUUGGCAAAGAACUGCAUGAGAAGAGAGAAGCAGAGUUCAGCAAACUACUGAUGAUGAUAGACAAUUAUGUCAGCAAACGACAAAAGAUCCACGUUCCUGCAUUACGGGUCUGGUCAACUGACAUGCCACAUCCACAAGAAGAGUAUAUUGAAUGUCUGUGGGCCCAGAUUAAGAACCUGCGCAACAACAAGUGGGUUGAAAAACAGAUUGUCCGUCCCUACCUUGCUUUUGACGGUAUUUUAUGUGAGGCGCUGCAACACACACUUCCUCAGAUCAUACCCCCCUCUCACAAUGAUGAGCAGGGCUACCCCCUCCCCAGUGUCAUCUUCAGAAUGUUUGACUACACAGAUGUGCCCGAGGGUGUGGUGUUACCUGGGAGUCACUCCAUAGAACGUUACCUGAUAGAGGACCAGCUCAGUAGAACCAUACAUACAUACAGCACGGAGAGGAAGGACUGUGCUGCAACUCUGCUGAGUUUCCCAUCGAAGAACAAGAUUCCGCUGAACUAUAUGAUUGUUGAGGUCCUAUUUAGCCAGCUGCUCCAGUUGCCACGCCCACCAUUCUUGGAAGUUUUCUAUGGAUCUCUGCUUAUAGAGCUGUGUAAGCUACAGCCAGGGUCUAUGCCACAAGUGCUUGCCCAGGCAACAGAAAUGAUAUAUGAACGUCUAGACACCAUGAACACAACAGCAAUGGAGAGGUUUGUGUCCUGGUUUGCGUACCAUCUCAGUAACUUCCAGUUCCGUUGGAGCUGGGAUGACUGGGCUGGUUGCCUGGAAGCAGACCAUGAACUCCCCAAGGCCAAGUUUAUAAGCGAGGCCAUGCACAAGGCCUUGCGACUUGCAUACCAUCAGAGAAUAACAGAGACUGUUCCAGAGGUGUUUAUGCCCCUCAUGCCCCUUAAACCUGAGUCAGAAUUUAAGUAUGAGAAGGAAGGGUCUGGGGCAUUACCAGGGACAAUGACCGCCCACCAGCUCAUCCAGGCUAUCAAGGGACGCUGCACCCCUGAGGAGGCCAUGGUGCUACUCAAGGACCUACCUAACCCCCUUAGUGACGAGGAGAGUGACCCAACAUAUCACCCUCUGAGGAUUGAUGUCUUCGUCUCCGUCCUUCUCCAUCUUGGCUCGAAAUCAUUUAGCCAUUCCUUUGCAGCUAUAGCCAAAUUCCACAACCUACUGAAGAUGUUGGCAGACACUGAAGAGGGACAGAUCUGGCUGUUACGCACUAUGUACGAGGUCUGGUGGUCACACCACCAGAUGAUGGUAGUACUUGUGGACAAGCUCCUGAAGACACAGAGUGUAGAGCCAUCCUCUGUUUAAGGAUAUACUGAGUCGGAAUGUCAGGAAAUAUUUUGACUUUUCAGGUUCUAUGUUUGGGAGAUGAUGCACAGUACAAUACGCAAGAUGAGUAAACAUGUCGACAAGUUACAGAAGGAUGUGGAGGAGGCGAAGGACAAACUGGAGGCUAACAAACGCAAGCGGGCAGAUGGGCUAGACUUUGAGGAAGACUACAACGAUGAUGAGGUGCCGUCGGAUGAGAUGAUAGAGAGAAUGGAGGAAAGGAUGGAAACGGCUCAGAACCAACAGAAACGACUUUUCCUCAUCAUAUUUCAGCGGUUCAUUAUGAUCUUGACGGACCACCUGGCAAAGUGCGAGGGUAGCGGAGUGGACUACAACACACCCUGGUAUAAAUGGGUCAUAGAGAGGUUACAACAAAUAUUCCUCCUGCACCACGAGCUUGUAUACAGAUACAUCAGUACACUGGAGAGCCUACUAUUUACUAGUGACAUUGACUUUCACAUCCUGGAGAUAUUCCAGCAGUUCUGUGCUCUUCGGUCCUGAGAUCUCCUAUAUGUGCAUUAAAGACAUCUAGAAUCAUUGGUAUUUCAUCACAGAAAGAGAACCAAAUAGGACACAUGGAUAUUCUCAAACAUUUCUAAAGCAAAUGCUGGAAAUUGGAAGAUUCUGAGGGGAAAACACUAUGAACUUCCCUUUUUCCUUGAAGAAAUGUUCAAAAUAUUUUGAGAAUGUCACUUCAAGACAAAAUCAGCAUCUUGAAGAAAUUAUUGGGAGUAUUUUUCGAAUAAGAUCCAUCAAUAAUGACAUUGUUAUCAUUGAUAACAAAUGUGGGUUUUUGUUCUUCAGUCAUGUUUUUGUCACAGUAGAAUUGGGGUUCCACUGUGAGUGAUACAAAAACUACAUUAAUAACAUACAUGUAUUUAGAUAAAAGCCAUUUUACAUAAUCCAGUUUCAUUGUCAUUUUGUCAGCUCUGAUGCAAUGUUUUAUUUUAUCAGGGGAGAUAAGUUAAAUUGCAUUGCAAGCAAACAAAUAGGAAUGGUCUAGGACUCAAAAUCUGCCUUUUCAUCCAGUAGAUGAAUCAAACUGUUCAAAAUCCACCAAACCGUUGUAGUACUAGGAGUUUGAUAAGUUCAAUGGUCAACACAUUUAACAUUUGGUAAGCCCUGAAAAAACAUUUUUAUAUGUUUUCUGAUACCGGUGUUCUUUUUCAAAUAAGAUUUGUAAAAGUACCUAGACCUGCCAGGAACUCAUCAGAUCUGCAUUUUGAUUUGCUUGUUUUCCUUUGAUUAAUUCUGAAUUUAAUAUGAUAAUUUUGUGUUAAAUAUUCGUCUUCUUCGGUGUCAAAACCUGUGUGUAGGAAAAUCAUAUAGUUGACUUUAACAAUGCAGUGUUUUAUUUUAUAUUUUAUCAUAAAUUUCAAUUCUGUCCGACAGAAAUUUCUGCAAAGCAGCAUUUCCUGUACAUGAACUGGAGUUAAUUUCUCACCAACAGAUCAACUGAAAUAAAAAGUUUUGCACUAGAUAUUAAAUUGUAUUAAAAACACUUUGUAAAUUAAAGAUUGUAGGUUAUCCAAUGAAUUGACAGUUACAUGGUUGUACAGGUGCUUGUAUAGGUGUUAAAUGCCAUCUCUAUGGAUUCGUGUCAAAUUUAACUUAUAUAGAACAAUUUUUAACCAACAACAUGUGUAACCCAACUUUAAGACUUAGAAUAAUACUCAACAUAAACAAUAUAACUUCCUGUAGGGAAACAAUCUUCUUCUGGUUAAUAUUAAAUAAACAAUAAAGGAAACCAACAAAUCACAGGCAGCUAGCUGUUUCAAUAUUUUCUUAAAAGUGCAUGUUUUUCAUUAGCCUACAAAUCCUCACAAUCCUGAUUCAGGGGCUUUUUUUCUCUGGGGAGGAGGGGACAUUUGUUACCAAAUUGAUAACUUGAGGUAUGGGUGAAAGAAUCAUGACAGUUGUGUCAUAGGUUAUUUUGAUCAUAAGUGAGCCAUGCCAGUUGUAUAGAUAAACAAGUAUCCAGUGUUGCUUUGCAGUAGUGACCACAGAAAGAUGGCAAAGGAGAGCAAUGAAUAAUUAUAUAUUUCAUAAAGAAGUGUAUUCAAAACUUAAAAUCCAAUUCAUAAAUACAGGUUCAUUGAAAAAAUAUUUUACCAGCUAAAUUUGCACAUCUCUAACCCAAAACCAUUUUUUUUGGUAUAGACUUUCACUGGAACACUCUUUGAAUUCAUUACUUUAGAAAUGUUCAAUUUCAAGAAGGUAAAAGCCAUUUGAACAGUAUUUUUUUCAAGGUAUUUGUCUUGUAUAUUAAAGUCAUUUCAUUAUUCUAUCUGUUCUGUUUUCCAUCGAGUGUGCCAUGCGGUGGUGCGGUCAUCAGUGUGUGUCCUGUAAUGAUGUAUACAAUGAAUUAUUAAUAAAACCUCAUCAAUUACAGUAAUGGA